AAUUUACAACAAAACUUACUACUAUGUCUUCAGUAUAUGAAGCGGCCACUAUCAUUAAACCAAAAACACCCGAGGAAGAGCAAGUAUUAAAGAACCUUUGGUCGAUCCGGCCGUGUUACUUAUAUAAUGAAGAGUACGACGAUUGUACCAGCAUCAAGGCCCGGUUUCAUCAGUACUUCAUACACGGUGAAUCGAUCGACUGCAAUCAGUGGAAGCGUGAUUUCGAUAAUUGCGUUCGGUUCGAGAAGAGCCCCACGGAUACGAAAAGUGCACUGGAGCUAAUACAAAGUGAACAGAACCGGCGCGAAGAACGGAUGCGUGCCCACUACAGCAACAACGUGUGGACGAAGCGAAAGUCUCCGCCGGAAGAUUGGUCUAAACCACUGCCAGAAAACAUGCAAAAGGAGUACGAAACUACGUUUCUAGCGUCGAAAGCCAAAGAGCUAAAGGAAGGCAUUCAAACACCCGAAGCGGAAAGUUCGUCCUGUGCAAUAAUGUGA